AUGGACGACCUAUCUGGCCUUAGCUGGUCGCAGAACUCAGCUCCCGGAAAGAAUGUGCCUACAAACCCCCUCUCCAGCGUGUCUACUCUGCACCCUACGCCUCCCUUGUCAGGACGAUCUAGUCCAUUUCCUCCACAGUCCGCCGCGAAUAAUCGAACCCCUUCGUCUAAACCCACUACGUCUUCCAAUGAUAGCUUUGCGAAUCUGCUGAAUUUCCAGUCUACGAACUCUACCAAGAAUCUUUCUCUAGCGGAAAGGCAGAAGCAGCUGGUGGAACAAAGGGCACGUGAGGAGCGGGAGAGGCAGGAGAAGCUGAAAGCUCAGUAUGGAGGCGUCAAUGAUCAGAUAUGGGACAGCCUGGAGAAGUCAGGAGCUGGACAGAGUGCUCCUCCAGCCCAGCUUGGCGGGGUAAUCAGCCAAACCUCUGGUGACGACGACGAUGACGAUCUACUGGCCGCUUUCAAUGCAUCUGCGCCAGUCGACAAGUCUACGAAUUUCCCCAUCCCGAGCUCCUCUCCCUCGCUGCAUGACCGUACAAAGACCCAAUCUCCAGCCGUGGUUACCACUACUGCAAUCGAGGAUGAUGACGAUCCAUUCGGAUUGGCAGAGUUUAAUGCAAGCAGACGCCAAAGGGCUCAGGCACAACCUACGAAAGAGCCAGCACUAGAAGAUGACGACGAUGUACUAGGCCUCCUUGCAAAGCCAGUGUCAGAGUUUCCAAAGCGCGAAACAGCAAGCCCGGCCGCUUUGGAAAUUCCCGAAGAGUCUGGAUCGUUACCCUCACGCCACACCCCGGAAGAUAGAGCUAUCGCCGAAUUGGUAGACAUGGGGUUCCCGAUUGAUAAGGCCCGUGAGGCUCUUGCCGAGACUUCCUCGGGAACAGACGUUCAGCAGGCCGUCGGCUGGCUUCUGAAUCAGGCGCAUAGCCAGGCCAAGGAAAAGGCGCAGAGCAGGAGUCGUACCGGUCGUCAAGAGAGCAACUCGCCUGGUCCAGAUAUGCCUCGACGAACAAGGAGAGAAAAUGGCGGUUCUAAUUCCUCCCGUGACCGAUCUUCCCAUAAUGUUAGCUCUAGAGAGAAGGAUCCCGCUCAACUCGCGUCCGAAUUUGGGAGUAGUCUUUUCAAAUCCGCCAACUCGCUCUGGAAAACUGGAUCCAAAAGGGUCCAGCAGGCCGUUCAAGAAUUCAACGGUGCUCCUGAUUCAUCUGGACAACCUCGUUGGAUGAGAGAGAGCACGCCGGAUCCUCCGAGAAGUAGGGAAAGAAAGGUGGACUCCCGACGUGAACCUCCGGGAGGAUCAUCGGAGACGGAAACCAUGACGAACGAAGCAAUGAUGCUGGAAACCUCCCGAGAUCUACCGGCACAAACGUCACGUCCUCGGGGCGGAGAGCCCCUAGAGGCGACCCACCAGCCUAGUACACGAGGCAGACUGGCGGAACUCCCUAGCAGACCACGUUUUCAACAGGAAGACGAUCUCAGAAAGCAAAUACGACAGCCACUUCCUCAAAAUGAAACCAAACCACCGCGGUCCCAACUUUCACGGUUUGGGGCUGAUGAACAGGCUGCUCAGGCGUACGUCAGCCCUGCAAGGAGGAGAAAGGCAGCCUCCUCGGUCCCUCCUGGCGCACCUGAACCGGACCUGUUGCAAAGCCCUGCUAUGCCUCCUAGACCUACUCGUCCAGCUACAACAUCACCAGCCAGGCAAACCCGUACUCCUACUCCAGUACGGCCAAAGGUAGCGCCCAGGGUUGUCCCGCAGAUAUCACCAACAUCUCUUACCUCUAUUCACAGUCACCGAAAAAAGGGAACAGACGCUUACAAGCGAGGAGACUACGCUGUUGCACACGUCUCCUACUCUAGUGCCAUUUCCCUAAUCCCCAAUGAACACCCUAUCCUCAUCAUUCUACUCACCAACCGUGCCUUGACUGGUUUAAAGACAGGCGAACCAAAGAAUGCAAUAAGUGACGCGGAUCGUGCUCUCUCCGUAAUUGGUCCCUCGAAAGGUGACUCAGAACUUAUCGACUUGGGGAAUGGAGAGCCAACGAAGGACAUGAGAGAGUUCUACGGUAAGGCCCUGAUGAGAAAGGCUGAGGCUUUGGAACAGCUCGAGAAAUGGAAAGACGCGUUAGCAGCGUGGAGGGAGGCCAUCGAAUCUGGUCAUGGGGGUAACACCAGUAUCCAAGGCCGCGACAGAUGCGAAAAGGCAGCGACUAUUGGACAAAACGGUGCUUCAUCAACACCAGUCAAACCUACUUCAGUACCUACUCGCCCAAAGCCAGCUGCUAGGCCUGCUGUGCCCAAGUCGGUCUCAGCUAAACCAGCUGAGGCAGUGACUCGCUUGAGAGCAGCAAAUGAGGAAGCUGAUAGGUUGGAUAAUGAGAAGUUUGAUCUGGCAGAUGCCGUUGAAGCGAAACUUACUGCCUGGAAGGGAGGUAAACAGGAUAACCUACGCGCACUACUAGCCAGUUUGGACGCGGUACUAUGGCCCGAAGCUGGAUGGAAGAAGAUCAGCAUGGCUGAGUUAAUUCUUCCGAAUAAAGUAAAGAUUCAAUAUAUGAAAGGGAUCGCGAAAGUGCAUCCUGACAAGAUUCCUGUAAACGCAACAACUGAACAGAAGAUGAUCUCCGGUGCGGUAUUUAGCACCUUAAAUGAGGCAUGGGAUAAAUUCAAACGCGAGAAUGGCUUAUGA